ACUGUACUUUCUCUAAAUGUCAAAUAUUUUUGUUUAUUAUUUUUUAAUUUUGUAAAAUAUAUUGAAACUCGAAAGUAACUUUUCAAUAAUGAUUCAUAGUCUAUUUAUUAUAAAUCCCUCUGGGGAUGUUUUUCUUGAGAAACAUUGGAGAAGUGUUAUACCAAGAUCUGUAUGUGAUUAUUAUUUAGAAGCACAGCGAGCUUCUAAUGACGUUCCUCCAGUCUUGGCUGCUCCUCACCAUUAUCUGAUUUCUAUACAGAGAGGUGGUGUAGCCCUGGUGGCAGUGUGCAAGCAAGAAGUAUCACCACUAUUUGUUAUUGAAUUCUUGCACAGAGUUGUUGAUACAUUCCAGGAUUACUUUUCAGACUGCACAGAGACUAUUAUAAAAGAAAAUUAUGUCGUUGUUUAUGAGUUACUAGAUGAAAUGUUGGAUAAUGGUUUCCCAUUAGCAACAGAGAGCAACAUAUUAAAGGAGUUAAUAAAGCCUCCAAACAUUCUCAGAACCAUUGCAAACACAGUUACUGGGAAAUCCAAUGUUUCGUCAAUACUACCAUCAGGGCAGCUAUCAAAUGUACCUUGGCGGCGAUCCGGAGUUAAAUAUGCCAACAAUGAAGCAUAUUUCGACGUAAUAGAGGAAGUAGAUGCGAUAAUUGACAAAAGUGGAGCAACAGUAUCUGCUGAAAUACAGGGAUAUAUCGACUGUUGUAUAAAAUUAAGUGGAAUGCCUGAUCUGACACUCACAUUUGUAAAUCCUCGAUUAUUUGAUGAUGUGUCUUUCCAUCCGUGUGUGAGAUUUAAACGUUGGGAGUCAGAAAGAAUCUUAUCGUUUAUUCCACCAGAUGGAAAUUUUCGUUUGAUGUCCUAUCAUAUUGGUUCGCAAAGCGUAGUGGCUAUACCGAUAUAUGUACGACAUAGUCUUGCACUGAGAAAUAAUGGAGAUCAAGGGAGGUUGGACUUGACUGUGGGACCUAAGCAGACUAUGGGGCGUAUAUUAGAAAAUGUAGCGCUAGAAAUCUGUAUGCCAAAAUGUGUUCUGAAUUGCUCAUUAACUGCAAAUCAAGGAAAAUAUUCAUAUGACCCUGUAAGCAAAGUACUUCUUUGGGAUAUCGGUAGAAUAGAGCUACCAAAGUUGCCUAAUAUCAGAGGAACUAUUUCGGUAGCCUCCGGCGCUGACACAUCUGGGGCGAAUCCGAGUAUAAACGUGCAUUUCACGAUCCCACAACUGGCCGUGAGCGGUCUACGGGUCAGUCGCCUAGACAUGUAUGGAGCUAAAUACAAGCCAUUCAAAGGUGUAAAGUACGUUACUAAAGCGGGGAAGUUUCAUGUGAGAAUGUGAUGGGAACUGGAUGUGGAUGGAUCGUGGAUUUAUCCAGGUCUCCCCGGAUGAUAUAGUGAUUAUUAUUAAUCUAUAAAUACAUGUUUAUAAGUACAUAUUAUAUAUUGGAAAAGUUUGGAUUGGCUCGUUUCACUUGGGUAUAAACAAGUUCACAAUCGGCCGAUUGUAAAAGUAGCAAAAUAAUUUUGUGGUCAGUAUUUUAUCCCCGAAAGACUAGACAGAUAAUUUAUUAACUAUAUACAUAUUUACUCAUCUAUAGAUCAAGUUCAGGAAAGAAUGUUUAAAGGGACUAAAUAUUGUAGGAAUUUAACUUUUUUACAGCAGUAUUUGUUUUUUCUCUCAAUCUCAUGUAAAAUUGCUACAAAAACGUAUCCUUUAUAUCUAAGAUAAUUAAUUAUAGUUACUUA